AUAGUUGUGAUAGAGGGCAGCAAUAGACUAGGAGGGUGGAUUCAGACACAGCGCCUACAGGAUGGUACAGUACUGGAAGGGGGACCAAGAAGCUUCCGUGGAGGAGGAAGAGCAGAGGCAACCACGUUAGAACUAGUGGAUAUGCUUGGUCUGAAAGAUGAAAUUAUAACUGUGUCAAAGGAGAAAAUGAGGAGAAGGCUUUUUAUCAACGGAAAACUAAAGGAAUUUCCACAAGAGUUUGAUAAAUGGAAUCUGACUAAGGCCGUCCUAAAGGGAAUUUUUAAAGACAGAUGGAUUCUAUCUCCUGUAGAGGAUGAGUCCGUUCACUCUUUUCUUUCCAAGAGAUUUGGAACUAACCCAGAGAUAAUGGCAUUUGCUGAUUCAAUGUUUAGAGGAAUAUUUGCAAGCAGUAUUGCUGAUAUAAGCUAUAAGUUCUCACUUUUUGGAAAAUCAGGAUGCAGUUCCUUGAUACAGCUUCAACAUCAAAUGAAGCAGACCAGGGAAGAGCUGAAGAAACAUGACUGUGAGUUGGUACGCCGCGCUGCUGAGGAGGCGUGGCAGAUCUGGAAUCUCCGUCGGGGGACGGGACAGCUUGUGGAGGGCCUGACUGAUGCGUUACUGAAGGACCCCAGGGUGGAGAUCAAGAUGGACACACCCUGUCAAUCCAUGGAACUGGACUCCACUUCAGCCACU